AUAGUUAAAAACAUUAAAAAGAAAAAGAAAAGUUUUCUUGUGGUGACAGUUACAGAUUUUAGAUAGUGGUGGAGAAGUCAUUGUAACUGUUACUAACUUACUAUUAAUCUAUCUGCCUAUUCCUCUUCAUCAUUCACACAAAUCUUUCUCUUUCUCAUAUUUCUCUCCCAAGAAACUUGAGUGUCACCAUCACCAACUACACCUUAAUUGCUUCAACUAUCACAAUCCAUUACUUAAUAAGCCAUGUUCUACUCAAUCUUUGAAUUCAUUUAGAUCUUCCAUAUUAAUCUUGCUAAUUAAUAAGUCAAGUACAUUAUUCAAGAACAAAAGUUUUUGAGCAAAAUGGAAUCUGAAAAUGAAGUUGCUAUGGAGGAAGAGAAACGUGUUAUUGGAGUGACAUCUAAGGAGAAUAUAAACAAAGAAGAUGCAAACAUUUGCGGCGAAGAAAUUCAAAAUGAGAAUGUAGAUUCUAAGGUUGAAAGCCACAUAUCUAUUGGUGACAUUGUUGAAGUUGAAGCCUCUAAAAAUUCAAAACUUCCUAAGGAAACAAAGAGCAGAGAAAGUGUUGCUUCCAAGAGCAACAAAUUUGUCAAAGAUAAAUCCAAUUUGAAAGGUACAACUUCAAUAUCUAGAAAACAAAGGUCAACACUUUCUCAGAGUUUGUCUUUCCCAUCCAAAUCAACUAGAGAAGAUUCUAUGCAUAAAAGCAUGGAUGGGAGUCUUGUGAAGACAAAAGCUAAACAUGUUCAAGCCUCGACUCUCCGUCAUUCAAGCAAGUCCACAAACUUUGAAGGGAAAUCAAAUGAGGGAAAAACAAACAUUGAAGGUUGUAAAAAGAGGACUACUUUGAUAUCAAUGCCUGGUUUGAAACGCUCUGUGUUUGGAAGGUCUACUUCAGUUGCUGCAGUCACCAAAAGCCACACAUCUGAGGCAGCUCUACCUGCUGAUCAAAUAUCAAACUCAUCAAAAACUGCAAAACCAAGUAAAGAGGAUGACGAUUCUCACUCCACAACUUCAAGCGCUGCUCUUCGUCAGAGAAACAUAUGUUCUGGAUUUUCAUCAAGAUUGGAAGAAAGAGCUGAAAAGAGGAAGGAGUUUUUCUCAAAGAUAGAGGAAAAAGUUCUAGCCAAGGAAGCAGAAAAAACCAACCAACAAGCCAAAUCAAAGGAAAACCAAGAGGCAGAGAUCAAGCAAUUGAGGAAGAGCUUGACUUUCAAAGCCACUCCAAUGCCAAGUUUCUAUAGGGAACCACCUCCAAAAGUUGAGCUCAAGAAGAUACCAACAACCCGGCCAAGAUCUCCAAAGCUUGGAAGACACAAAGAGUCUUGCACAAGUCCACGUGGGAAUCAACAGCAGAAUGACUCAACCAAGGUAAAGAACAUAAUAAAGGGUCAUACUAAAGAGGUGAUUUCAAAGAAACCAAUGAGAAAAACCCAAGCCAAGGUGAAGUGUCAGGAAAAUGCAACCAAAGGAAGCAAUGAAGAAUGCCAAAGUCCACAUGUAAACAAUUCUGAAUUCAAAGAUGACAUUGAGCAACAAUCUGAGACAGAUCAUGCUGCAAAUGAUUAUGCACAGGCUUUAGAUUCUACUACUACACUUGAGUUUCCAUCAUGUGAGGUUACUGUUGGAGUGUAGAAUGUGUAAGACUAAGAAUCAAUGUUAUUAAAUACUAGUAGUAUUUAGCUAUUAUUGUUGUUGUGAAUAGAGUUUGGUUUCAUCACAAACGUGUAUUGCAAGUAAGAGUUGUUUUUUUUAACAUUGUUGCCUUUUGUGAUGUCUGUUUAAAAUGCCAUUUCAAUUAUUUAUUAUUGAAUAAGCCAUUUAUGUACUCCCUUCUGUUCUAUAUAUGAAAAAAAUUGCU